AAUGCAAUCCUAAUUACUCAAUACAAAAUCGUAAAUUCUAUUUCUUUUAUCAAUCACAACACCAUUGGAUGUUAUGUAACUGUGAUCGUGACUGUGACAGUAUCUUGACACCACCAAAUAACUUCCGAGGGUAUUCUUGUCACAUCAGCAUGCUAGUUAUUUCAGGUUAAACUAAUUUUCAGUUGGAAGGGAAUUUGGUCGUUCAGACUCAUUCAUUCCCGCUCAAAUUGUGAUAUUCAUAACGAAUCCCCUGAAUAUCAAGUUUUCAAGAACUGAAAAAACAGAGAAGAUCAGAAAACAGAGAGAGAGAAAGAGAAAGAGAGAGAGAGAGGGAUUUAUGAUCAUACUGCUCGAACUGUCCGAGAUGGAUUUCAUUAGGAAACUGAGCUUCUUGGUGUUCUUACUGUGUGUAUUGAUCUCUCUGAAGAAAGAAAAUGCUGAAACCAAGAAGGGUUCGCCAACAAUCACUUGGUCUUCCUCCUGUGAUUCAGCUUCAAUUUUAUCAUAUCCAUCAAUGUCUCUCCCACUGUUCAUUUCAUCCACCGAGGCCAAGAAGUUCAAAGAUGUCGACGAUUCCGGAUCACUCGAAUAUGAUUUCUACCGUGAAUCUUGCCCCCAAGCCCAGAAAAUCAUCCGAUCAAGCGUGGCACGCUCCGACGUUGCUCCAGUGCCGUUGCGGCUGGUCUUCCAUGAUUGCUUCAUUGAGGGGUGUGACGAGUCGGUUUUGUUCGAUGCCAUUGAUGGAGUUGACAGUGAGAAAGAGUCUCCUCCAAAUGAACCCUUGAAGGGCUUUGAUCUAAUUGACAUCAUCAAAUCGAAGCUCGAAGAAGCUUGCCCCGGAGGUGGUGGCCCAUUCUACCUGAAAACUGGCAGGAGAGACAGCAAUCUCUCUUUCUCAGAAAUUGCAACAUACGAACUUCCUAGUCCCCAAGACGAUCUCCCUCAAACCAUCACAUCGUUUGCCUCAAGGGGGUUUGAUGAAAGAGAGACAGUCAGUCUCUUAGGUGCUCACAGCAUUGGAACAAUUGGCGGCAAAUUCAUCCUCAACCGGCUUUACAACUUUGGCUGGACUGAUGAGCCUGACCCAACUAUAGACAUCGAAGUCGUCAAUCUCCUGAGGUCAAGAUGCAACAACAGCCGCACAUCACGAUCAUCAUCACCGCAUUUUGUCAACGGCUCACCAUCACCUUCACCAUCACCAUUUCUGUUGAUGGCGCAGUAUCUUCCUCACCUGAGGAGGCAAGAGUGGAGAUGGGCCAUGCAUCACGGGGAUCGGGUUUUGGCAUGUUGUACUACCGUAGUCUUCUGGAGGAUAGAGGAAUCCUUUAUGUUGAUCAGCAGCUGACAGUUGGCGAAGAAACUGAAAGUUGGGUUAGAGUGUAUGCCUCAGCUGUUUCGUUGUUCAGGAAGGACUUUGCUGUGGCAAUGAU